CUGUGUGACAGGGACACCGGUGGCGUCCCGGAAUCGAACAACGACGCAUCAACUUUAAAUUGUCUCCUUUUUUUUUCCAUUGAAAAUAAAAACUAUGAGCGCUGCGGAGUUGGACUGCGGUUUGACUGCGGAGCGGACGCGGACGCCGUGCGCGGUGAGGAUGUCCACGGUGGACGCGGCGCGCUUGUGGAGCCGCUCAUAAAAAGAAAAAAAAAAAAGAAGAGGAGAGCACCAUGGCGCUGCUGGUCUGGACCACCGUGAUCGCCUGGGCGCUGAUGAUGUCGCUGCGAGCCCACGACAACGACACGGAGCCCAUCGUGCUGGAGGGCAAGUGUCUGGUGGUGUGCGACUCCAACCCGGCCGCCGGCUGGAAGGCGUCCGACUCGCCGCUCGGCAUCUCCGUGCGCGCCGCCCAUUCCAAGGUGGCCUUCUCGGCCGUGCGCAGCAACAACCACGAACCCUCCGAGAGGAGCAACAAGACCAGGAUCAUCUACUUCGACCAGGUUCUCGUGAACAUCGGAAACUUCUUCACAUUUGAGUCGGUGUUUUUGUCCCCGAGAAAAGGAGUCUACAGUUUUAACUUUCACGUCAUUAAAGUGUACCAAAGUCAGACCAUACAGGUGAACCUGAUGCUGAACGGGAGGCCGGUCAUCUCGGCCUUCGCCGGGGACAAGGACGUGACCCGCGAGGCGGCCACCAACGGAGUCCUGCUCUACCUGGAAAAGGAGGACAAGAUCUACCUGAAGCUGGAGAAGGGCAACCUGGUGGGCGGCUGGCAGUACUCCACCUUCUCCGGCUUCCUCGUCUUUCCGCUGUAAAAAAAAAAGGAAGAAAAAGAAGAAAAAAAAAAUUAGAUCGCGAGCCGUUCAAUUCUUCUUUUGUGAUGUGUGGUCGCUGUGUAGUCAAAACAACAUGGCGGGACAAAACGGACGUUCCCGAAGACGCUUUCUAUCCCGUCAAUCAAACAGAGACGAGCGGGAAACAUCCCACGAGCGCUCGGUUGUCAUGGCAACCGUCUCAUCCAGGGGUGCACGCCUGUUGUUGUGGACUGACAAUUCUGUUACGUUGUAUCGUCAAAACUCAUCGCGGAAGCCAUAGUUCGCCUUUCAGUGUUGUGAAUCUGGAAAAUAUAUCCUAAACACGUACGUCGACUUGACCUUCACCACUUCACACCCUGUAUCCAAGCAACCAGUGAAAGGAUGCUCAGUGAACGACAUGACCUUCAAACUUCAGAAUUUACCUGCGAAUUAAAACUUUUCUUUUUCUUUUUUGGGCUUUUAUCCAAACCAAUGUUGUAAUUGCUGAGUCAGCAUUGAUAGUGCUGAUGAGUUGAUUGUAAACAACAGUACAAAAAGUCCCCAAAAGCCAAGUAGAAGCAUUUUAAAGCGCAUGCAGAGCUAAAUAUGUAUACGAAUGUUAUGUUGGACGGUUAAUUAUGUUAUUAAAUCAACUUGGUAACUUCCAAAAGUGUCCAAUCAUGUUACACAACCAUGAUUGCGUGAGAAAGUGGGAAGGAAAACCUAGCUUUUUGAUCACAUGGUCGUUUAUAAACUAGUAUAUUGCACAACACAGCAGCUGUAACACAACCAAUGUUGCACGGUAAUAGCAGUAAGGAGUAAACUGCUAAGUCAGCAUUAAGAGUGUCGAUGAGUUGAUUUUGAACAACAAUACAACAAGUCUAACAAUCAUUUCACGCUAACAGCAGAGUAGCAGCUUUUUAAAGCGCAUGCAGAGCCAGAUAUGUAUACGAAUGUCGCGUUGGAGGGUUAGUUAUGUAGUUAAAUCCAGUUGUUAACUUCCAAAAGUGCACAAUCAUGUUACACAACCAUGAUUGCGUGAGAAAGUGGAAAGGAAAACCUAGCGCUUUGACCACAUGCUCGUUUAUAAACUAGUAUAUUGCACAACACAGCAGAAGUAACAACCAAUGUUGCACAGUAAUAGCAGUAAGGAGUAAACUGCUAAGUCAGCAUUAAGAAGCGCCGAUGACUUCAUUGUAAACAAAAGUACAACAAGUCUAACAAUCAUUUCACACUAACAGCAGAGUAGCAGCAUUGUAAAGUGCAUGCAGAGCCAGAUAUGUAUACGAAUGUCGCGUUGGAGGGUUAGUUAUGUUCUUAAAUCCACUUGUUAACUUCCAAAAGUGCCCAAUCAUGUUACACAACCAUGAUUGCGUGAGAAAGUGGAAAGGAAAACCUAGCGCUUUGACCACAUGCUCGUUUAUAAACUAGUAUAUUGCACAACACAGCAGAAGUCACAACCAAUGUUGCACAGUAAUAGCAGUAAGGAGUAAACUGCUAAGUCAGCAUUAAGAAGCGCCGAUGACUUCAUUGUAAACAAAAGUACAACAAGUCUAACAAUCAUUUCACACUAACAGCCGAGUAGCAGCAUUUUAAAGCGCAUGCAGAGCUAGAUAUGCAUACGAAUGUUACGUUGGAGGAUUAUUUAUGUUAUCAAAUCCACUGGUUAACUUCCAAAAGUACCCAAUCAUGUUACACAACUAUGAUUGCGUGAGAAAGUGGAAAGGAAAACCUAGCUUUUUGAUCACAUGGUCGUUUAUAAACUAGUAUAUUGCACAACACAGCAGCCGUAACACAACCAAUGUUGCACAGUAAUAGCAGUAAGGUGUAAACUGCUAAGUUAGCAUUAAGAGCGCUGAUGACUUCAUUGUAAACAACAGUGUUGCACACAUGACUUUCACAAUAACAGCGGAGUGGCAACACUUUAAAGAUGAUGCUAUUAUGGUUAAACAGGGGAAGGUGACGGCAACAAACACUAGAGGGGUUUUUUGCUCUAUAGAUUUAUAAUAGAAAAAUAAACUAUGUAUAUAAUAAUCAAACAAUAGAAUAUAAACUAAGGAAAUGGAGUGUGAACGAGAUCCAAAAGUAUAUGUGGUGUGAGGCUAUGUGUGUUAUUAGCUGAGGUGUGUGUUACCAAAUGUUGUGGAGAGCGAAGUAACACGGAAGUCCGUAGGGCAGGAGCGAAGAGACCGGUAGGAAGACACGGGGAAGACCCAGGACACGUUGGGAAGACUAUGUCUCCCGGCUGGCCCGGGAACGCCCUGGGAUCCCUCCUGGGAAGAGCUGAACGAACUGGCUGGGGAGAGGGAAGUGUGGACCUCGGAUAAGCGGACGAAGGUGGAUGGGUAAACAACUAAAAGUUUGUCCGCGUGUGGCCCAUGUCCACCCCCCCCACUUCCCACCACAUUGUGGCUAAAUUAACAUUCUAACCUCAAAAAGCAAAAACCUUUCUCUGCAAGCUUAUCUCCGACACUGUUUGGGUUUAACUGUGACAGAUAAGAGAGACGCUUCGGCAGCUUUUACUUAUUUGAGCUUCCACACAGGACUCAUCACGUCUUUGGCACGAAAGUAAUAUCGGAAAUACUUGGCCGUUUGUUCCGAUUAGGGUGUGUUUACUUCCGUACGACCACUUGAUAGCUUUAGAAUCUGGUUCUGUUCAAUAGUUGCCAACUGCCUUGUUUAGUAAGGUUUAGAACUGUGCCGAUCCGAUGUUGAUAUGGGUUCGAUAUUAGCAAACAAAAAACGGGUAUCAGUGAUUUUGAUUUGCAUGUAAAAUGUCCGAUAUAAUCUCCGAUACAGGCAGGCAGUUGAUAUCGAAAUGUCCUCCAAUAAACACACAACGUUGGUCUUUUCUUUUAAACAUACGUAACAAGUGUCCUUGAUUGAACAGCACAUUCAUCAAUACAAAGUGUCAAAUAAUAAUAGUUACAUAUCACGUACACAUACCGAAUCUCCAAGACAGAGGCGUGUUCGAAAGUAUCCCGAUUUUAGACAUUUUAAAAUGACCCAACAAAAUAGAUAGGAAAAAAAACUGUAUUCCUAAACCUAUUUUUGCCCUGGCCAAUGAUGCAAAUUUAACGAUGACGUCAUUACCGUACAUCAUCCCCUGCUCUGCCCGGCAACAGACGGCUCCCGCAAAGAGAUCUUAGUCCUAUGGGAAACGCUGGAAUCUUGUUGUUAAAACGAUGAUAUCAUUGUCAAUAAACUACAGAGCAGCAAGUAGCAGAAAACAAGGUAGUAAAAGCUGUUUUCAUUGGUUGUUUAGAUACGCAGUACAAGAUUAUGUUUCAUAGUUUAGUGCAGUGAUUCUCAAACCGGGUACAAGGGUACCCAAGUAAUCACUUGAUUAAAACGCAGUGUUUUUAUUUCCCUAUAUUCAAACACAGUGUUACUGUUCAAACUGUGUAAUGUCAUAGUGGCCAAAACGAUUAAACAUACUUGUUACAUAAUACCCCUGCCUUGUUUUUGAUGAACACUUAAGCCUACUAUGGUACUGUAUUGGAACGUUGGUCAUUAUAGUGGUACUUGUGUUUUUCUGAGUUGUACUUGGUAAAAACAAUAACAAUAAAUGAGAAACGCUAGUUUAGUAUGAUUGUAGUUACUUCAAAUAUGUUAUGGCAGCAUUUGGCAACACAAAGAGCAACUUCCUAUA